AUGACGCCGCGGGAUCAGAUUCAUAUCUCGUCGUGGCCAUGCAUCUGGCCUACCCGAAUGCUGGAUGAUCCUUCCCAGGCGGCGGGCGGGACCGGAGACGCUUCUGCUGCUUCCGCUCAUUCGUCGGUCGGGGCAGCCUCCGCUGGGUCGAAUGGAUUCCUCGAUGAGUCGACCAUCAAGACCAUUGUCGUCGGACCUUUGAGCUCUCAUCGCGCGGUAUCACCAUGUUCCUCGAUCCCUCGGGAGUCCCAGUUCAAGGGGUUUACGUUGACGGAGUCGACGCGGGAGCAGCAGACACGGGAGUUUGUGCUCAUGGAGGGGGCAGUUCUGUAUGCCGACAUCCAUUUGGGGUUUUGUGUUGAAGGAAAGCAGUAUCACGAUGGGGUAGACGGAUAUCAACGAUUAGAUGUGUUGAUUGUACUCCUAGAUGCUCACCCCUGGUUUGAUCCAGUACACACUCUAUGUCGAGGUCACUCAGAUACAGACAUUGGAUCAUGGCCAAUGCAGUCCUACAGUAUGAAUGCAUUUUGCCGCUACUAA